AAAUUGAAUAUUGCUUUUUAUAUAUACAUGUAUAUCAUUUAAAUUCUCAUUCCUAAGAAAGAAGUGAACAAGUAAAUAUGUUUAACCAACCAUUACUUGUACUUUUUCUGAUUUCUUGCAUUAUUGUGGCAGCUCAAUGUCAACCUAGGCUUAUAUCCCAAGAGGUUAUAAUUUGCGAGGGUAAAUACAAUAAAAUCGAAUGUCCAGAUAGAAUGAAGAUUAAAAUAACAUCGGCAUUUUACGGAAAUUCUGGCUAUAGCGUUUGUGGUAGUGACAAAAAUAUAGAGUGUUUCAACCACAGCACUCUGGUUAAAGUGCAUAACAUAUGUUAUGGAAAAUAUGAUUGUGUUUUGAUGGCAGACAACGAGGGUUUUGGAAAUAGGUGUCCAGCUGGACACAAUCACCUGAAGGUCGGAUUCACUUGUGAAAGAUUUUAAGGAUCCAAUGUUUAAUAAUGUAAUUCACAUAAAUAAUUAUACAAAUAUGUUUAUAAUUGCCAAAUAAAUUUAAAAGUUUGACCACUUAAAAA